AUGGCAGAGAAUUCGGCAGCCCACGAGUCCCUGGCUCAGAUACCUGGGGGCUUGAAUAAUGACCCUAUCCACCGUUCAUCAACUGCCAGGACGUCGAGCACCGUCCACCAUAAUGAAUUUGAUGACGGUUUCUUUUCAAGAGUUCGGUCAUUCUUUCGCCGAGAUAGUCAUAUUGGUCAUGUCGGCCGUCACCCGCUUCGUGAUAGCAAAGAGAUUGAGAUUCACACCUGGAAUGGUCCCGAUGACCCAGAGAAUCCAUUUAACUGGAGCAAGUCGUACAAAUGGGUACUCACACUCACCAUCUGCUUCAUAUCUAUUUUGACAGGAUUGCCGGCGGGAUCCUAUGGUGCCGGUAAUGUGUGGAUGGAGCAACGGUUCCAUGUCCAAAAUCAACCAUUCCCUAAUCUGGCUUGGGCAACCACAUCGUGGAACAUGGGCGCAGCAUUUUGGCCCUUGAUCUUUGUACCCAUGACCGAGUCCUCGGGCCGCAUGCCCGGCUACUUUAUAUCCUACUUCAUCCUGGUUAUUUCCCUGUUCCCGUCUGCAUUUGCUCAGAAUUUCGCGACUCUGGUCGUUACUCGGUUUUUCGGUGGCGGUGCCUCAUCAGUCUCCAUCAAUAUCGUUGGCGGCAGCAUCAGUGAUGUGUGGUACGGAGAUCGCGCGCGGAGCUUGCCGAUGUCUCUAUUUGGAUUCACGAGCGUGGUGGGAAUCGCUCUUGGGCCAUUCAUUGGAGGCGCGAUUCAAACCAUUCACAAGUCGGAUCCGUGGAGAUGGAUCUUUUACAUUCAAAUCAUCUAUAAUGCGGCCUUGAUUCCAAUCUUCUGGCUGAUUCUCCGCGAAACCCGAGGCGACGUCAUCCUGAGAAAGCGAGCGAAAAAGCUGCGACAGCAAACAGGACGGCCCAUCUACGCCGAAAGCGAGCUACGGACCACCAGCACACUAAAACUGAUUCAAAUCUCAUUCGAGCGCCCGACUCGGAUGCUGCUGACCGAGCCGGUGGUCACUUUCUUCACGCUGUGGGUGAGCUUCGCCUGGGGGAUUCUGUUCCUCUUCUUCUCCAGCGUUGGACAGACCUUCAGCCACAACUAUGGAUGGAACACUUUUACUACCGGACUUGUGCAGCUCGCCAUCUCCGUUGGUGCUGUCAUUGGGACCGUCGUGAAUCCCUUCCAGGACUGGAUCUACCUGCGAUCCGCCCGCAAUAACCGCGAGCGCCCUGGCCAUCCUGUUCCUGAAGCGCGUCUAUACACUUCGAUACCGGGAAGUCUGCUUUUUGCUGCGGGUCUUUUCUGGUAUGGCUGGGGAAGUGUUGGAGAUGGCUCCGUCCCGUGGAUUGUACCGGCUCUGGGGAUUGGUUGUACAGGCGUAGGAAUCUACUCUAUCUACAUGGCAGUGGUGAAUUACCUGACCGAUGCAUACGAGAAAUAUGCCGCAUCCGCGCUCUCUGCUGCCUCUCUUGGCCGCAACGCUUUCGGUGCCUUCUUGCCGCUUGCUUCCUACCAGCUAUUCGACAGGCUGGGAUAUGGAUGGGCGGGCUCGUUGCUCGGCUUUGUCGGCGUCGCUCUCUCUGUGGUUCCGAUGGUCUUGGUUCUGAAGGGUCCGGAGAUCCGUCGACGAAGUCCGUUUAUGCGUGAGUCCACGUUUGCUCCUCAGGACGACGCGUUGCCCGAAGACCAGCCAGAGAAGACGGACGUGUGA